AUGGUAAACCUUGCGAAUACUAUGGAAGCUAAUGCUGCUGCGACUCUGCAAGCUGUGCAGAGGUUAGGCCAACCAGCUGGGAAUGGCAAUGGAAACGGUGAAGGGAAUGCUAAUGAUAAUGCUGAGGGAAAUGGAGAUAACACGGGAGGAGUUUCAAUGACCUUGGUGAUGUUCCUCAAGGUGCAUCAUGUUCCCAUCAAUCAAUAUGUCGAGUUUACCGCUUAUCAGCUAACGGAAGAGGCCCAGCCCUGGUGGCAAGCAGAGUGUCGCUUGCUACAACUUCAGAACGCCGACAUUCCGUGGGAGGUGUUCCAAACGGCCUUCUAUAACAAGUACUUUCCUGAGUCUGUAAGGGAAGUGAAGAAGAUGGAACUAAUGUAG